AUGGGUGAUGUUGAGAAGAAGAGCAAGAUACUCAUAUUCGGAGGAACUGGAUAUUAUGGUACGUACCAGGUGAAAGCCUGUGUUGCAGCUGGUCAUCCAACUUAUGUUUAUGUUCGCCCUCUCAAACCUUCCUGCAAUCCCUCCAAGUUGGACAUUCGCAGAGAAUUUAAAUCCCUAAGAGUUACCAUUUUCGAGGGAGAACUGGAUGAACAUGAGGUUAUUGUAAUGCUAGGAAUGCCUCCAAUCAUGAUGAAGCAACUCAAAAUUAUAACAGCCAUGAAAGAGGCCGGUAAUGUUAAGAGAUCUAGUCCUUCAGAAUUCGAAAAUGAGUAUGAUAGAACUAGUCCACUACCACGGUACGUAUCAAGCAUGUUAGGACGAGAAGAAGAUAAUCAGAAGGGCGACUGA